UCUGGGCCCCCUCUCACAACAGACACGAACGCUUCAGAUAGUGGGGAAGUGUGAAGCUGGAGUGAUAGGGUUUAACCAUGCCGGCGUUUUCAACCAACAUGAGGCUGAAGUUUCCGAUUGUGGCUUUGUUGCUGGAGGUCAUCACCAUUGUCCUGUACGCUGUGUUUGUGGUGUAUGACCAUGAUUCUGGUCAUCAUGGCGCUGAAAAGAACAAAACCCAGACAAACCCAGUGGCUCUCUAUCCUAUGUUUCAGGAUGUCCAUGUGAUGAUCUUCAUCGGUUUUGGUUUCCUCAUGACCUUCCUUAAGCGAUAUGGCUUCAGCAGCGUGGGCAUGAACUUGCUGCUCGCUGCCUUUGGCCUCCAGUGGGGUUUACUGAUACAGAAUAUCUUUCACAUGCACGAUAAUAAAAUCCCGGUUUCAAUCGAACGCAUGAUUAAUGCAGAUUUCAGCACGGCGACGGUGCUCAUCUCAUUCGGCGCAGUUUUGGGGAAGACGAGUCCAGUGCAGCUGCUCAUCAUGACCCUGCUGGAAAUCACCACGUUCUGCAUUAAUGAGUUCCUUGUUGUUGAAAAACUGAAGGCAUCUGAUAUUGGUGCUUCCAUGACGAUCCAUGCAUUUGGAGCUUAUUUUGGUCUUGCUGUUGCUCGCAUGCUUUAUCGCCCAGGACUUCGCAAUGGCCACACCAAUGAGGGAUCUGUUUAUCACUCUGAUCUUUUCGCAAUGAUUGGUACUGUGUAUCUGUGGAUGUUCUGGCCAAGUUUUAACUCUGCUAUCGCCGAGCCUGGAACCCCACAGCUCACUGCCAUCGUAAACACUUAUUUCUCUCUGGCCGCCUGUGCACUCGCUGCCUACGCUACCUCAAGCCUGGUAGAAGAGAAAGGCAAACUGGAUAUGGUUCACAUCCAGAACGCGACUCUGGCCGGUGGAGUUGCUGUGGGUACAUGUGCUGAUAUGAGCAUCGCUCCUUAUGGUGCCAUGUUAAUCGGCGUCUUUGCAGGAGUCAUUUCGACUCUCGGAUUCAAAUUCCUCACCCCCAUCCUUGCAUCACACCUGGGAAUUCAGGAUACAUGCGGCGUACAUAACCUUCAUGGCAUGCCUGGGAUUUUGGGUGGUCUGGCUGGCAUUGUAGCAGCAGCGCUUGGCAAAAAAAAAGACAUUUCCGCCAGUUAUCAGGCCGCUGCUUUAGCUUCAUCUCUUGGUUUUGCCCUCAUUGGUGGAACCAUCACAGGUCUUAUACUGAAGUUGCCAUUUUGGGGACAGCCACCUGAUCAGAACUGCUUCGAUGACGCUCUCUACUGGGAGGUACCUGAGGAAGAGGAGGCUGGGGAAAGUCUUUCUCACACUGAUCACUCUAAGAACAAAGGAGAUGCUUAAAAUUUUGCUUAAAAAAGACUUUGUGCUUUUCACACAUAACUCAAAUCCAAAAUCCACAACCACCUCAGGGAACUUGAACAGCUUUAGUGAUUUUUAAGCAGCUCAGACAAACAGCAAAGCAGCGUGCAAAGUCAAAGUGUAUAAGGACAAUUUAGAAUAUUUCCCCAGAUUAAAAGGAAUUGUGUGAAUUGUGGGAAAUCCUUUUAAACUUGGAUGCUCCACACCAAAUCGUCUCCAACUGGUAAACACAUUGACACCAAUGGCCAUGUGGUUACACCAGCUCUGGGGAACUUUCUAAAUAAACGAUUGGACAUUGUUUUUCAUGACGUCAUGGAUUACUACCAGUUGUCCAUCAGUUGUCAUGAAUUGAAGGGCAAGAGGUGCAUUUUAGACGGAUACCUGGAUAAUACCUGGAUAACUUGCAAAUUUCCUUGUGCAAGUUACCUAAUCGGAACUCAGCAAUUUUCACAGAGCGAUUUCGUUCAUGUACCCUGCCAUAGAUGUUUUGAGGUCUUGUGAUUUGAGCUGGUCACUAGCACAGAACUCUUAUAAAUGUGCAACCACUGCUCAGUAAUCAACACCUGCAUUCUUCCACUAAACACUUUCAUUUUACAAACACACAUGGUGCUGUGCUUACAUACAAAAAUACAUAAACCUUAUGCAGCAAAAAACUUUUUUUUUAAAGAAUCCCAUUUUAUCAUAUUUAGAAAACAACUAAAAACAAAAAUAAUAAUUGUAAAAGUUGUUUAGCUAUACUUAAUCUUUCAUUAUGCAUAUUGUGAUUUCCUUUGUACUUUCCAAGACUGACAGCUUGUACUGUCUUGUGCCACUGAUCUCAGAUCAGUUUAUGUAAAAUAAUUUUUAUCUGCAUGCUUUACAAUUACAUUUAUUUUACUUCUUUAUUCUUUAUUCUAUGUUUGACACAGUCAUUCACGUUUUCUGCUGUUGGUCAUGUCAGGUUCAUAUCUCUGAGUUCACUAAGUUAAACAAUUAUCAACAAUUAUAUUUUUCUCACAAAAUAUAACCCAGACAAGGUAUUAAAAUAUAUACCGUAUACAUAUUCAAUUAUUUGUCACAUGUACCUUACAGCAUUAUGAAAUGACUUUUUUUGCAUAUCCCAGUUAGGACGCUGGGGUCAGAGCUCAGGGUCGGCCAGGGUACAGCGCCCCCUGGAGCAGACAGGGUUAAAAGCUCAACAGUGGAGGCCUGACGGUGCUGGGGCUUGAAACCCUGACCUCCUGAUAUUACUUACCCAGAGCCUGGACCGAUGGAGCCGCCACUGGCCCCCUUCAUAAUAUUAACACAAAAUAAUUUACAUGUGUUUUUACCAUGUGGCAUGUACCAGGUGUAGUAGUUAGUGAGCACUGCGGUCUCACACCUCCAGGCUCGAGGGUUUGAUUCCUGUGUACAUGUGAAGAGAUUGCAUGUUCUCCCCGUGCUUGGUGGGUUUCCUCCCACAGUCCAAAGACAUGCAGGGUAGGCUAAUUGGUGUUUCCAACCAAUUGUGUAGGUGUGUGUGCCUGUGUGCGGCAAUGGAUUGGCACCCUAUUCAGGGUGUACACCGCCUUGUGUCACAAGUCGCCUGAGAUAGGCUCCAGGCUUCCUGUAACCCUGUACAUGAUAAGCGCUAUAAGGAAUGAGUGAGUAAGAGAGUGAGAAUAAAAACAGACGGAACGAUAAAAUAAAACCUCGUCGUGGCCUGAAAGGGAUUUUACAAGCGUACAUACACAUUUUGUGGUAAUUAAACAUAAUGACAUCACAACAGUUUAAUUAAUAAUGAUUUGAAUCAGUUGUUGUUAGUGAACUCAGAUGUUUGGUCCUGAUUCUAAAUUCAACAUCAAAAAUAGGUGACUGACUUAUAUGAUUUAAACAUUUUGUUUGUGUGUGUGUUGAUAUAACUUACUCUGCAUAGUUAGGAUUCUUGGCAAAAUAUAUAAAAAAAAUAAGAUGCAAAUGUACUAGUCAUAUUAUUUCAUUAAUAAAUUUUUAUACAACUUUCCUGCA